GCUUUUUCCACGGACUCGGGGCGGCGCCGGGGGCCGACACGGAGGCAGGCCAGGCCCGCCGCGCGCCACCAUGCGCACCACCCGGUCCAGCUGCAGGUGGGCAGCCGCUUGGCCCGCGUUGGCCCCGGCAGGCCGAUCGCCGGCGCGAGCGCCGCAGUGCCCGCCGGGCGAGGCGGCGGCGCGCCGUGCGCGGCCCCGGCGGGUGGCCCGCGGGCAGGGCCGGUGCGCGGGCCAUGGCGCGCAAGGUGGCGUCGCCAAAAGUGCUGUCGCGCAAGCGGCGCCCCAAGGGCAGCAACGCCGGGAACGGCCUGCAAGAGGAGCAGGCGGGCUGGUCGAGAUCGGUCAUGUGGAAGAUGAUACUCACCAUCGCCAUCUGCAGCGUGCUCGUGUUCCUGCUGGUGUGCAUCCGGCUGCGCCGGCACCUUGACAGCCUCCAGGACAGGCAGUGGCCGGCCGCGUUCCAGAGCUUGCGCGGCCGCCAGCCCGCGACCCGCGCACCUGCGCCAGGGCCGGCGCCCCAGGAAGCCGAUCUCCUGCCGCGGCAGCCCGGGCCGGCGGCGACGCCGCCGCCGCCGAGGCAUGCGGCCGCCAAGCCGCUGCCAGUGGCGACGUCGCCGCUGCCGAGGCCCCGGCCGCAGAGGGUCGCUCCGCCGGCCCGUGCGGGCGGCCCCGUGGCGCUGCCGCUCCCGCCUGCGCCGGCGGCGCCGCUGCAGCGGCCCGGCGGGGCGGUGGCUUGCGACCCGCUGCGGCCGCUCCUGGGGAGGGAGCGCCACCCGGGGAAGUUCCUGGGCGAGUUCGCGGACGAGCCCUCCAGGGUAACGUACCCUCCAGAGCAGGCGAUGCUCAGGUGCCUGGAGCUGGAGGCCUGCGCGGGCAUCACGUGCGACCUCGAGGAGCGGACCUGCAGCCCGCGCAAGGGGUCCCCGUACCUGCACGGCUCCCCGGACGGGGAGGUCUCCUACACCCGCGCCUGCACCGGCGCGCCGCCGGACGAGGGGGGCCGGCCGCAGGGCCGCGGCGGCGAGCCCCGCGACGCGGCGCGGGGCGGCGGCCGCGCGCUGCUGCCAGGGCCGUCGGCGGCGAGCCUGGCCGGGGGCGGCCCGGAGGCCAAGGUGUUGGCCCCGGGGCGCGUGGUGGUCGUUGUCAUCGCCCAUGACCGCGAAGAUCUUCUGCAGAUCUGCCUGGAGGCGCUCCUCCGCCAGAAGGACGUGCAGGACGUGUCACUGGCCGUGUCUCUGGACGACCGCAAGUCGUUUCCCAAGAUGGACGCUGUUGUGAAGAAGGUCGGUGGAGAGGCGCGCAUUGCCGUCUGGCACAAGCCCGAGGUCUGGCACCACGCGAAGGAGUCCGUGCAGGCGCAGUCUGUCUCGAAGAUCUCCGAGCACUUCAACUUCGCCCUCCGGGAGGCGUUCGACACGGGGGGGUUCCAGUUUGCAGUUUUUUUGGAGACGGAUUUGAAGGGCACGUGGCAGGAGAUCAAGGGCAAGUGGCCCAGGUGGCCAAGCACGGGGUGGGACCACUGGAUCCGACGCGGUGCCGGCCUGAGGCCGCGGGAGUGCGUCGCCCCAGAGGUAUCCAGGACGUUUCAUUUCGACGAGAAGGGCACGAACGUGAAGAAGGCGUCGCCCCUGGCAAGGAUGCUGAAGAGGAUGGCCACCAGCAAGUUGCCUCCAGGGCAGCUCGGCGACGUGUCGUACCUUCUGAAGCACGAGUACGAGCCGAGGCUGAAAGAGCUCAUCGGUAGUGCCAAGCUGGUGGAGAAGGAGAAAGUCUCCAACAGCUUGCCGACGGGACACACCUACAUGGUGCCCUACACCCGAGAGGACUACGGAGAGCUUGCAAAAAAGCUCGACAUCUUCCCCAGCAUCCCUCGGACUGCCCGGCGUGGGGUCAUCAUCACGUUUGCCCCCUGGUCGCACGACGUCUUCCUGCUGGUGGACCGCCGCGAGGGCGCCGACGUCCUGCCCGCGGCGCAGGCGAUGAGGCCGCACCCGGAUCGCCUGGUGGCCGCGGCGGGCCCCGGGGAGUCGUGCGCCGACUUUUGCCGGUCGCGCGGCAUGCAGUGCCGGGCGGGCGAGCUGGAGUUCGUGAACACCUGCGAGGAGAUGAGGAAGGUGUUCCCGUGCCGCGAGGGCUGUGGCCACCAGGUCGGCGACGAGAUCCCCUGCCACGUGCACGACGCGAAGCGGGACACCGCCUUCCAGUGCCUCGUCGCGGACGGCGGGACCGGCGCGAAGUGCGAGGCGCGGAACGCCGCCACCACGCGCCUGUGCGCCUGCGUGCCCGUGUGACGCCUCGCACGCCCCAGGUCACGAUCCUCUUGGAGACGAUCAUCGAGCAUUGGCCAAGCGUUGUGGCUUGCCCAUAGGCCCACCGAAGAAUGUGCUAAGAAUCCGCUUUGGUUUGCACGACACUUUCUGUUAUUCGAUUAUUCUUUUACUCAAAGAACUGUUCGUGGUAGGCCUAUGAUAUUGCCGGGACUGCUGGCUCUUGCUCAAGAUCAUUCCCGAGGCUGGGCUUUGCACGCAUCCACCGCCUGGCGAAGCGAUCUUCCUGGUCCUCUGCAGGCGGUCCACAUGGAUACGUCUGGGCCCCCAUGCGGCCCGAGCAUAUCUGCAUGCACCGCCCCUUCGUGGUCCUGGGACAUCGGCUUGGUUGGCGAUGGAGUUGUACCAGGGAGCUGGAGCCCGAGCAAGA